CAAAUAAAAAUUCAAAUCCCUUUGAACUAAAUUGAGCAAAGAAAAAAGUCUAGAAUUUUCAAAAUCCAUUAUCCGAAUUCGGAAUAAUGUUCUGACCUGGGAUUAGGCGAUUAAAACCCCCAAACUCUCUCUGUUUGGGGAGGUUUUUUUCACUCUAAUGGGUCUCUGCGUUUCAAAACCUUCCCAAAACUCUGUCCUUUCUGAUCCCCAGCCGGCGAACGGGAACGACCCUGUCCCGGCUAGUCAUAUCCCAGUCUCGGAUAAUGCCGCCUCCGCCAAUGGCGACGUCCGAUCGGCAGAGUCGCAGAACGGGAAGAAAUCCCCGUUCUUCUCGUUCUACAGUCCCAGUCCGGCUCACUACCUGUUCGGGAAGAAGUCUCCGGCGAGAUCUCCGGCGAAUGCGAGCUCGAUCUCGACUCCGAAGCGGUUUUUCAGGCGGCCGUUCCCGCCGCCGUCUCCUGCGAAGCACCUGAAGGCGGUGCUGGCGAGGCGACACGGCUCGGUGAAGCCGAACGAGGCGGCGAUACCGGAGGGGAGCGAAGGCGAGCCGGGGGCGACGCUGGAUAAGAGCUUCGGGUUCUCUAAGCAUUUCGGGAACAAGUAUGAGAUGGGAGAGGAGGUCGGGAGGGGACAUUUUGGCUACACUUGCGCUGCGAGGCUCAAGAAGGGCGAGCUCAAGGGGGAACAGGUGGCGGUUAAAGUGAUUCCGAAAGCGAAGAUGACCACUGCCAUUGCCAUUGAGGACGUGAGGAGGGAAGUAAAGAUAUUGAGAGCUUUGACGGGUCAUGGUAAUCUAAUACAAUUUUACGAUGCAUAUGAAGACCAGGAUAAUGUCUACAUAGUAAUGGAGUUAUGUGAAGGAGGGGAGCUGUUAGAUAGGAUACUCUCAAGGGGUGGAAAAUAUUCGGAGGAUGAUGCAAGGAAAGUUUUGACACAGAUAUUAAACGUUGUCACAUUUUUUCACCUUCAGGGUGUGGUCCAUCGGGAUCUUAAACCUGAGAAUUUUCUAUUUACGUCAAAGGAUGAAAAUUCCGAAUUGAAGGCCAUAGACUUUGGCUUGUCAGAUUUUGUCAAACCAGAUGAAAAGCUUAACGACAUUGUUGGCAGUGCUUAUUAUGUAGCUCCUGAAGUUUUACAUCGAGCCUACAGCACCGAGGCUGAUGUUUGGAGUAUAGGUGUAAUUGCAUAUAUUCUCUUGUGUGGCAGCAGGCCAUUUUGGGCCCGAACUGAAUCUGGGAUAUUUCGUACUGUGCUCAAAGCUGAUCCAGGUUUCGAUGAACCACCUUGGCCCUCACUAUCUGCUGAGGCGAAAGACUUUGUCAAGCGCCUAUUGAUUAAGGACCCACGAAAAAGAAUGAGUGCUGCUCAAGCCCUAUGUCACCCGUGGCUGAAAAAUAAUAAUGAUGUUAAAGUUCCUUUGGAUAUACUAAUAUUCAAACUCCUGAAGGCUUACAUGCGUUCAUCAUCUCUUCGGAAAGCUGCUUUAAGGGCCCUGUCUAAAACAUUGACUGUAGAUGAGCUCCAUUAUAUGAAGGAGCAGUUUGCACUAUUGGAACCAAGCAAAAAUGGCACAAUAAGCCUAGAAAAUAUUAAAGCGGUCCUGAUGAAAAAUGCAACUGAUGCAAUGAAGGAGUCACAUGUCCUUGACAUUCUAGCAUCGUUCAAUGCAUUGCAAUACAGAAGGAUGGAUUUUGAGGAGUUCUGUGCGGCGACAUUGAGCGUCCAUCAGCUUGAGGCUCUUGAUCGAUGGGAGCAACAUGCUCGUUGUGCAUAUGAAUUAUUUGAAAAGGAAGGAAACAGGGCUAUUGUCAUUGAGGAACUUGCUUCGGAACUCGGUGUCGGCCCAUCUGUCCCUGUUCAUGCUGUUCUUCACGAUUGGAUCAGGCACACUGAUGGAAAGCUGAGCUUCCUUGGCUUUGUCAAAUUGUUACACGGGGUAUCUAUCCGGACCCUUGCAAAAGCUCAUUGACAGCUUCCGUGGGGAUUCAAGAAAGUAGUUGCUGGUCGGACCUUUUUGAUUCGACGUAUAACAUACUGGCAAGAAGAGUUUGUUAUGGCAACUUUCCGGAUCUCUUUUAAACAGUUAGUCAUGGCGAAACGGAUUCUAUAUACUUUCUUAGUUGUACUGCCCAGUACAAUUGUGCUGGAGCUAUAACGAGUGUGCUCCAUGCUAAGAAGCUGAGGCAUUUGUGUUGUCUUCUGUAAAGCUGUAGUUAGUUUGGUGUGUUUAGUUCCAGGUGAGAAUUAGUUCUUAACUGAGUUAUUAAAGUGAUUGCACUCGAUGAUUCUGACA